GAAAGGGGAGGGAGGAAGGAGGAAGUAGGAUAGGCGGGAAGAAGAGGGAAGAUGAGGGAAGUGUUUACAGGGGGAGGAAAAGCUAACUAGCUAGUCACGACCAGCAGCCUUUUUGUUGUUUAGGGCGCUCUUCCAACCCUGUUAUUAGCAUGUGUUGCAGGGUAACAAAGCCCGGUCCAUCCGGUUGACUUUAGCCACCCUCGCCUCGUCAUUCAGCUAGCUAGGCAGACGUGCGGCGGAGCCGUGAGCGCUACAGUAUCAUAGGGAUUUAACGUAACUGUCCAUAUUUGAACACCGUUGGCGGUAACCGAGAGGAUCGUGCACCGGCAAAAACAGCACAGAUUCAUAUUUUAAUAAUUUAAUAACCAUUAAAGAUAGAAACGUAACGAUUAUUUGCGGCUAAAAGCUAACGUGUAGCGGUAACGGGGAUCUCUUUGGUGUUGUUGUAGCCAUUACAGGGGACUUUCUAUACAGCCUGGAAAUUUCGGAGUUGUUGAGCAAUAAAUUCAUACUCUUACAUCCAAGAUUCAUCCACUUAAUGUCCAUAAUUUCCCCGUUUUUCGACUGUUUUUUUCGCUAGAUCGAUGCUAAUCGCCAUUUUAGAUAUCCCAUGAUGCACCGGGCCUUUGUUGUGGUGCUACAACCAAUGACAGGCUGGCUCGUCGUCCAUGUGGGUGUGUUUCUUUGCGCAUGAAGCGUAGCUCAUAAAUAGGGGGAGAGAGACACGAGGAGACAAAGCAGUUUUGAGAAGAUAAGGUGAAACCCUGUGAAAAAUGGCAACUCAGCAAACUAUGGACGUAAAUGAGGCAUUGGCCUUAUUUUUUUUUGCUAUGGAGGAUGAAGCAGAUUCGGGAGAAGAAAGUUAUUUGACAGAUGAAGAACUGGCUUACCAAGAGGGUCUAGACCCCGCUGAAGAUGGUGAUUAUGAAGAAGAAACCACCCCACCAGCCCAAGCAAGACAAGAAACCUCCCAUUCUUCAGAAGAGGAGGGCCCUCCCACUUCUGAUGAACCAUCCCAGCAGCUCCUAGGAAGGGGACAUAGACUGAGAGGGCGGGCCACAUACAGAUCUGGCAACUUGAGGGGUCGAAAGAGACCCAGCCCUGACUCCAGAUCUAGAUCACCACAGCCAGCAGACCAAACCCUAUCAUGGAACACUGAGAGUCAGCCAGACAUCCCUCCAGUGCCCAAAAGGUUUCUCCCAGCAAGAAGGCCAGGACAUCAGCUCGACCCCACAUCCACAUACACACCACUGGACAUUUUCAAACUUUUCUUCAGUGACACUGUUGCAAUCAAUUUGUGUAACAACACAAACACAAAUGCUGCAAAAAACAUUGCCCGUGGCUGCAAAUAUUCUUGGAAACCCUUCUCUGUUGACGAAUUUUUCAAGUUUUUAGGACUCACUUUCUUUUUUGCGCUGGUGAGACUCACAAAUAUCCGGGACUACUGGAGAAAAAACACAAUUUUCAGCCAACAGUUUCCAGCCACAGUGAUGUCACGUGACAGGUAUCAGGUCAUUUCGUGGAACAUUCACAUGAGUGACCCUCAUGAAGAUGUCCACAAUGACAAAAAGAAAGGGACACCAGGUUAUGACAGGCUGUUUUGCGUGAAGCCCCUUUUAGAUGACCUCAGACAUGCAUGCAAGGCAUUUUACCACCCACGGCAGAACCUUUCUGUGGACGAGAGGAUGGUGUCAACAAAGGCCCACAUCGGCAUGACCCAAUACUUGAAGGCGAAGCCCGCCAAGUGGGGCUUCAAACUUUUUGUACUAGCAGACAGCAGCAUUGGGUACACUCUGGACUUUGCUGUAUACACAGGGAAGUCUGUGUUUGCUUCUGGUGUAGGACUGGCAUACGACUCUGUAAUGUCCCUCAUAGACAAAGCACACCUAGGCAGCGGCUACAGUCUGUAUGUAGACAACUUUUAUACAAGUCCAAAGUUAUUCAAAGAUCUCCACAGUAUGCACUUUGGAGCAUGCGGCACCUACAGGGACAACAGGAGAGGAUGCCCCCGCACGACCAAAAAUGCCAUGACGAAAAAAGAUCCAAGGGGCACAAUCAGGUGGAUCCGUGACGGCCCUCUGAUUUUUGUCAAGUGGAUGGACACUCGGGAAGUCUCUGUCUGCUCCACAAUUCACUCUGCAUACUCUGGUGAGACAGUUCAGAGAAGACUAAAAGCUGAGGAUGGAAGCUGGAGCACCAACUCUAUUCCAUGUCCGACCCCAGUCGCUGAGUACAACAAGAAUAUGGGAGGUGUUGAUCUUUCUGAUCAACUCAUUCAGUAUUAUACAGUUCACCACAAAACCAUGAAAUGGUACAGGACAUUGUUUUUUCAUUUUUUGGACAUUGCUGCGACCAACAGUUACUUGCUCCACAAGGAGGUUUGUUUAGAGAAGCAGCAACAGCCCAUGACCCACAGGGUUUUUCUGGAGGAACUCACAGCCCAGCUCUGUGGUGUCACAGUUGAUGUCCCCCCCACUCAGGAGCAGAGUGACCAUGUACCUGUGCCAACAUCUAAACAAACUGAAGCAGGCAAGAAGGCCUCAUAUGGUCGAAAGCCAUGUGUACACUGCAGAAAGACAAAGCAGAUCAGACAGGACACCCCCUGGAAAUGCAAGGCAUGUGAUGUGGCCCUCUGUGUUAUUGCUGACAGGAACUGUUUUGAGGCUUGGCAUCAGUAAAAGGCCUGAGGGCAAAAAGCCCGGACUUUUGUAAAAAUGUAAAUAGUUUUAGUUAUGUGUCAGUUAUAAUGUUCAUUUCUCUGCUCCAAAGCUCCAAAGACAUGAGCCAACUGUUUUACAGAAGAAAAAUGCUUAGCUAUCAUAGUUUUGUGUGUGGCUUCAAUAAAAUGU